AUGAAGCCACAGCCAAUCCUCCAGAGGCUCCUCUUUGCUAUAGCGCUUCUAGCAUCGCAAGGGUACUCCCAGCGAGGUGGUGGUGGAAACCGGGGCGGCAACGGAGGCGGAGGUGGAGGUGGAGGUGGAGGUGGAGGUGGAGGUGGAGGUGGAGGUGGAGGUGGAGGCGGGGAUGGGGGCCAAAAUCAAGGCAACGCAGAUGAACUGCUAUUACUAGAAGCAAACGUUCAAACAGCUAGUCAGUCCGAUGGACUUGACGGUGCCGACGGUGGCGUUACACCAUCAGAGACAGAUAAUGCGAGUUUCAUCAACUUCUGCACGGGAAAGACUAUAAGUAAUGGUCUUCAGGUCCAGGGUGGAAGCUGUAAUCCUAUUCCGAUGGGGGAUAUUCCCGCAGCGGAUAAGAUGGUCUCUGUGAUAAUCCUCAGCCCCGAAGAAGGGUCUUCUAUUCCUGCCGGCCAGGAAUUCGACAUCGUCGUCAAGGUCCAGAACCUCGAAGCCGGCUCUUUCGUCAACCCAACAACAAACUACUAUACCUCUCCCCAACAGCUUAAUGGAGCAGGCAUCACCAUUGGUCACACUCACGUAACAAUACAAUCACUUGGCGACUCAUUUACGCCCACAACUCCACCUCCUGCCGAUGUCUUUGAGUUCUUCAAGGGCAUCAAUGACGCCGGUGACGGGAAUGGUCUUUUGACGGCCAAGAGCGGUGUUGAAGGGCUGCCCGCAGGGUUUUAUAGGCUUUGUACUAUCACUUCGUCGAGUAAUCAUCAGGCAGUUAUCAGCCCGGUGUUUGAAAGAGGUGCGCAGGAUGAUUGUACAAAGUUUCAAGUUGUUGAAGGUGGUCAGGCAGGUGGCGGCGGUGAUAAUGCUGGUGGUGGUGGUGGUGAUGGUGGUAACGGCAAUGCUGGCAAUGGUGGUGGUAACGGUGGCGGUGGUAACGGUAAUGCUGAUAACGGUAACGCUGGUAACGGUAAUGCUGGUGAUGGUAAUGCUGGUGGUGAUGGAGGAGGCGAUGCUGGUGCUGGUGCCGGUGCUGGUGGUGAUGCUGGCGCCGGUGCUGGUGGUGAUGCAGGUGCCGGUGCUGGAGGUGAUGCAGGUUCCGGUGCUGGAGGUGGCGCUGGAGGUGGCGCUGGAGGUGGUGGAGGCAGAGGUCGCCGUAAAAAUGGUGAUGGUGGCAAUGGUGGAGCCGGAGACGGCGGUAACGGCAACGGUGGAGGGGGCGGCAACGGCGGUGGCGGGAAUAACAACGGCGGCGCCGGCAAUUUUGGAGAUGUCCCCUUCUUUGGUGAGAACGCUGCAAGCGAUGUAUUGGCUGGUGUUCCAGUCAAAAAGGCGAAGCUUAGGUUUGUUCGUGGAUAG